GGCUGGCGAGCUUGCUCUCUUCUGUCGGAGUCCCGGCUCCUCGGCCCCAGACCUAGUUGCUAUGGCGGCGGUUGCUACGGCGACCAGGUGGUGGUGGUGGUGGCGGCUGCUGUUGCUGAGCGCCGCGAAGCUGGGGGCGGUGGGCCUCCCGCAGCCCCCCAACAUCGUACUCAUGCUCAUGGAUGAUAUGGGCUGGGGUGACCUGGGGGUCAAUGGGGAACCUUCCAGAGAGACCCCAAAUCUGGAUCGCAUGGCUGCGGAAGGAAUGCUGUUCCCGAGCUUCUACUCGGCUAACCCCCUGUGCUCGCCUUCCAGAGCGGCUCUGCUCACAGGACGCCUGCCCAUCCGGAAUGGCUUCUACACCACCAACGCGCACGCCCGAAACGGGUAUACACCCCAGGACAUGGUGGGGGGCAUCCCGGCCUCAGAGCGCCUGCUGCCACAGCUCCUGAAGGAGGCCAGCUAUGCCACCAAGAUCGUGGGCAAAUGGCACCUGGGCCACCAGCCUCUGUUCCACCCUCUGAAGCACGGCUUUGACGAGUGGUUUGGCUCCCCCAACUGUCACUUCGGACCUUAUGACAACAAGGCCAAGCCCAACAUCCCGGUGUUCAGAGAUUGGGAGAUGGUAGGCAGAUUUUAUGAGGAGUUCCCCAUUAACCUGAAAACCGGGGAGGCCAACCUCACCCAGAUAUACCUGCAGGAAGCUCUGGACUUUAUCAAGAGGCAGCAGUCCCAGCAGCGGCCCUUCUUCCUCUACUGGGCCAUCGAUGCCACGCACGCGCCCGUGUACGCCUCCAGGCCUUUCCUGGGCACCAGCCGGCGAGGGCGCUAUGGGGACGCGGUGCGAGAGGUGGAUGACAGCGUGGGGCAGAUCCUGCAGCUGCUCCGGGGCCUGCACAUAGCCGAGAGCACCUUCGUCUUCUUCACGUCCGACAACGGAGCGGCCCUCGUCUCUGCCCCCCAGCAAGCAGGCAGUAAUGGCCCCUUCCUGUGUGGGAAGCAGACCACCUUCGAAGGGGGUGUGAGGGAGCCGGCAAUCGCGUGGUGGCCUGGGCACGUGCCCAUGGGACAGGUGAGCCACCAGGUGGGCAGCCUGAUGGACCUCUUCACCACCAGCCUGUCCCUCGCUGGCCUGCAGCCCCCCGGAGACAGGGAGAUUGAUGGCCUGGACCUGGUCCCUGUCCUCCUGCAGGGCCAGCUCAUUGACAGGCCCAUCUUCCAUUACCGUGGCAACGAGCUGAUGGCAGCCACCGUGGGCCAGUACAAGGCUCACUUCUGGACCUGGACCAACUCCUGGGAGGAGUUCAAAAAGGGCAUCAACUUCUGCCCGGGGCAGAACGUCUCAGGGGUCACCACCCACACCCAGCAGGAGCACACGUCACUGCCACUGCUAUUUCACCUGGGACGAGACCCUGGGGAGCGAUACCCGCUCAGGUUUGACAGCGCUGAGUACGAGGCUGCUCUCCAGCGGAUCAGCCCGGCUGUGCAGCAGCACCAGGAUGGCCUGGUGCCCGGGCAGCCCCAGCUCAACGUGUGCAACCCCGCCGUGAUGAACUGGGCGCCACCAGGCUGCGAAAGGCUGGGGAAGUGUCUGCCAGUCCCGGAGUCUGCCCCUGAGAAGUGCUCCUGGCCCCAUUAGCGCCUGCAGCCCCAAGGCCAGUGCCCAGGGUGAGAUGGCCCUGUCCCUUGAGUGUAGCAGCCCUGCCCUGGGCACCUGACCUGAGGGGGUCCCCAUGGUUGUCAGAGGACUGAUGAGACUGGAGCCUUCGGGACCUGGCCCAAGAAGCAGCCUGACCCUGCAGCCCCAACUUGGGCCCCCAGGCUGCUGCCAAGCCUGGUGGUGACAAUGACCACUGCCCUGUGACCCCCUGAGCACAGGACCCCUCUGUCCACGUGGCCGCACAAUGUCUCAGGCUGGCCUCCUCCAAGCAAGCCCCCUUCCCAGCACCGGCAGGGCCAAGCCAAACUGGUCCUCAGCCCAAGCUGAGGCGCACUGCCGUGUUCAGACCCUUGGCUCCUGUCCCCUGCUGCCCUCGAUUUCCUGACCUACCCUUUCCCCCCACGCCCCUCGAUUUCCUGACCUACCCUUUCCCCCCACGCCCACACAGGAGGAGAAGGCAGGUCCCCACCCAGCAGGCCACACCCCGUGCCCAGCCUGCUCCCCGGGCCCCUGAGGAGAGGCUGAGUGUAGGGCUGGAGAUGUCAAGGGGAAUCAUGAAGAAACCUUUGAGGCA